CGGAAUCGACGCGCACUCGCAAUCGCUUCGCUUCUCGGUGGCACCUACCUGCCACUUACCUGGCAGAAAGUUACAUAGUUUGCCAACAAACCCAAACACCCUAUAUCACUUUGACGUUUGUACGCUUACUUCCUUUCUUGAAAGGUAGCUCACACAAGACUCGAGAAACCAGCUCGACAAACCUGCCCGUAUCGCUUCCUCGUCCAUUAUUACAAUAGGGUUCUUGAGUAUCGACUUGACCAACUCAGACAUGGCUGACACGGAGGCCGUGAAGCUAGUCGCUCCAGAGUCCCCAGCCCAGGGUGCUUUUCGCAAGUCGCCCCCACGUCUCGUGGUACCAGCAACUCCAGUCGUUGGAGAUGACUAUCUUUUCAGCCCAGGCGUCGAGACGCCCGGUCAUCGCCUUGCGGCCGACAAGCUCAAAAGCGAGCAGGAGACCCUCAAAUCGGAGUCGCCACGCCAGCAGCCGGGCUGCUUGUCGUGCCUGAAGCCGCGGUCAUAAGGACCCGGAGUAAAAACAGCACAGCUGUGGCAUAGCGGGAGCGGUGGCGGGAGCGGUGGCGGUGGCGGUGGCGGUGGAAUGACAUGACGUGGGAGUGUGCGAGGUCCCUGCAUCCCCGCUCGCCCCUGGAGCACGCCUGCACUCAGGGCGCCCACGCAGUGCGGGUGGCCAAGCUCUGUCCUUUUUGUGGCUCCGUUCGUUUCAAUGAUCAAGGACUGAAUACCUGGUCGUGAUGUCUGCCACAGAUUCCGCGGCAAAAUGUGUCGGGCGCAAGCCCAAGUUAAAGCUGAAGGGAUGCAUUGAAGUUUCAGGAAUGGGGUCUGCGGAUGUGGGGAUGUGCAUGGGGUUAUUGUGCGUGACGUGCACCUAAUUUAGGGCCGGCAAGCAGCAUACCUGGCGGUGUGACAUCCGGCAGGGCACCUGCGUGAGUCAUUUUCCGCGAGAGCGCCUGUUAACGGCCGCCUGGGGGCUGAUGGCUCGAUCCGACCGCGACGGUCGCACUGACAGUGGGCCCCCAGCGGCACGCACCUCCUCUUCUUUGGAGUGUUUCAGGAGCAGAGCAGCAGAGCCCGGCAGGCCUGGCGCCGCAUGGGCGCACGGAAAUGAGGUGUCUCGUGUUUAGGUGUGAAGGGAAGGCCGCCCGCGGACGAGGCGGAGCAUUGGGUGUAUGUGUACAGAACGCUGGGCACUGCACCCAUCAGCUCCAUGGAAAGGUGCAAGGCCACAGGAGGCCGCGUGAGCUGUCAAACGGUAUUGCCACAGCACACAGAACUGCGACGUCGGCGGUGUAUGUAUGAUCGGUACAUACGGCACGGUAUGCGGCUCGGCCUCAAGGUGCCAAUGCUGGUCUCUGUCUCCCUGUGCGACAUUUGUGUUUGUGAAUUGUCCCGGCGUAUUGGCCGGCAUAGCAGGGAUGACUUACGGACUGAUGGCGCCAACGUGUGAGGCUGCGCAGCUGAGGGUGAGGGCCUUAGGGCGCCCUGGUUGCCAAGUGUUCCCCGGUGACGGGAAACGGGGCUGAGCCCCUCACACCUUAGGGCGCCCUGGUUAGGAGGCUCACGCUAGCCGGUGCUUGAUGUGGUGGCGGUGGCUGCUGUGGCGCUGCGUUUGGUGACUGAUAACUGGCUGAGUCUUGCGUCGGCCUGAAUCGAAGUGAUGUCGCCUGAGGCGGGCGCGACAUGGAGGCUGCCUGCUGUGGUGACAACGGUAGCACAGAGGCAGGGCGUGAGAGCAAGGCGUGGAAAGAGGGGCAUGUGUGUGUGGGGCGCAUCAGCAGCCGCGUGGCUGCACGGGCUUCAAGCAUCGGCAGGUGGCAACAGGGAGUGUAGUUACUAGGUAGCGCGCACCGUAUUGUUUGAUGCUGCUUGUGUUGGGAAACGAAACUUGUGUGUGUGUGUGUUCGGCGCAUGCUGUCUGGGCCCUCACUCGGAGGCGCUGGACCGGCCCUGGCAAAGGCAGUCGGCUUUCGCAGAAGCGGCCAUCCAGUGAUCCUGGGGCCCGGACUGGACGGCGGCAGAAGUGGGGCCAGUCACGGGUUACCGUAUGAAGCUGCUAAGCGCAUGCUGAACUGGGAGGUGGACCUGGGGGGUGGGCUGCCCGGAGUGUGUGCGGCCCCACACAAACUAAGUACUACACGCUGUGAAUUGCGGGGCACCCAGGUGCCUGGUAGGCUAGUUCCAGAACACUACUGUGGCUGCGGUGUGUGCACUGAAUAUUGUAGCUCCGCAGAAGUGAUUGCUGUACAUACGGUUUCCUAACGAUGUGGUCGCGAACCGCCGGGGUUGUCAACUGCCGUGCCACGUGGCGCCGAUGCGCGCUGCGGCUUGCUUGGCCGGCAGCACAGCGAGGGCGGCUGGGAGCCGCGGCGGCGUUGGCAGUUCGGUGGGGUUGGGUGGCGCAGCGCACACGGGUGCGUGCGCAGGCGGAUGGUAAUGUGUAAUGCUGCUUGUGC